CCUUAUGUGACUUCACAGGGUAGUGAUGACCUCACAAGCUUUCAAAGUUUCCAUGGCAGCGUGACUACACACCUGCGUCCUAGGGAAACCUCCCUACCAUUUCUCUGUGAGAUACCAAUCUGUUUGGUUGGCUGAGAGAGAAUGUCUGACCGGAUCCUCUAUAUUCUCUCUAACAUGUCCUCUGUCCCCUGGGAGGGCAGCGCAGCAGCUGCAGUGACUGCCACUUCUCCUCCCACACCUGGGCACUACCAUGUUCUCUACCGAGGGUGCGGAGAAACUCAGGUAGGCUGGCAUGGGGAGACAUACUGCCUGGUUGGUGGCUACCGGGCCCAUGGGGAUGCUCCUUUGGCCACCCCAACAAAGGCUGAAGCAGAGAAGCCAGCCCCUAGCCGUGCUCCCAAGAGACGUCAAGCUACGACAGAGUCAGAUAAAGACCUGGGUUGCUCUAGCCCCAAAAUUCAGUGCUUGGAGCAUAGUGGCAGGAGACUGACCCCACAGAAGCUUGCUGGCUGAGCCAUUUGGGAGAAACGACAAAUGUUUAGCUGUCUAAGACAGCUAAUGCCUCUUCUGUGGUGACCUCCCCUGCCCACCACUGCAGAUAGAGCCUGAGUCAUUCUACCUAAGCCUUCCUCAUCCAGAAGCCCCUUCCUCAUCCAGAAGCCCCCUUCCAUGCUAACUACCCAUGGGCAAGGAGCCUCAGAAACUGUGGUUUAAAAUGAGAGGUUGCUUUGAACAUCCCAAGGCUGAAGCCGGCCUGGAAGAAAACCUGAUGUUCCUCUACUCAACUCUCCAGAGUCCCUUUUUGGGCAGAAGAAAUAAAUAGUCUGCACUCUGCUAGCUGCGGAGUCAAGUGCAGAGAGGGAGUGCAGCAUAGCCCAGUAAGGGCCUGGUCUACCAGAUGGGCUUUUGCUUUGAGUCACUGCCAGCAACUACCAGCACAAACCAGGAGGGCCAGGACUUGCUGAAACUGGAAGCAGCAGCCCAUGGCUAGUCACAGCAGGAGAAAGCCUCCUGCUUGGCAUCUCAGGAGGUAGAAGAAAGAGACCUGGGGAGACCUGCCACCUACAGCAAGAACAAUAAGGAGGAAGUUGAGCAACAUCCUCCUGAAGCUCACGUGUUCCUUCAUUUCCUGCCCAUUAUGGCCCCAGUGAGGUCCCUACUGCUCAAUUAAACAAAAAAAGAUUAAAAAAUUAUUUUUCCAUAACA